ACUAUUUAACUCGGCUGUGCACACCGUGAUGUAUACAUACUACAGCAUGACUGCGUUGCGCAUCCCCGUUCACCACUCGACCAAAGCUUCCUUGACUUUACUCCAAAUCAUGCAACUCUUCGUCGGUAGCCUAUUAGGCUUAUCGUCCGUCCUUGUGGAAUAUGAUGUUCCUUUUUCUGGUCCUCCUCUUGAGCGACGUGAUCAAUCGCCGGUUACGCCUUUCAACAUAACGCCACGGGGCUCAAAAGUACAGCAGUCUCGGGACAUGAAGACAGUAAGAUGCAUCAGAGAUAGUAGUGAGGCUUAUGCGGUGUGCCUUGGAUGCGGGUUUGUUCUGUUCCUGAUGCUAUUGUUUUUGAAGUUCUACGUGCGGUCUUACCUCCAGCACUGGCGACCCCAUAAGAAGGCAGUGCUAUGAUACUUGGGGUUUAUGCAAUAGAGAUGAGUCGUGUAGUUGGGCGGAAGAAGAAAAAUCCGAUAUGAGUGCCAAGCGUUGUU